GGAAAGUCCACCAUCAGUCCAACGUGUCUGUCCAAACCCUGUCUGCAAAAACUAGGACUGCAGGUCUUGCAAAGAAGGAUUUAAAGGCCAGGGCAUGUGUUAGCCUAAAUGUUAAACUAUCUACCAGGAUAGGCUUUAGCUAUUCAGCUGGGUGAAAUUAGGGUUUUAUUGCACCCAGAGUGUGUGUUUGUGUGUAUUAGAGGAUGAGUGCAUACCUGCUGGUCCUAUGUUUGGCUUUGUUGCAGCAGGAAGGAAGAGCAACACCAGACCCUCCAGGCUGCAGCAGCUCAGAGGCGGUGAGAGUGGCAGAGGAGGCCCUGGAGCAGAUCAACCAGGACCGGACAAACGGAUACAUCCUGGGCCUCAACAGACUGUACGACCUCUCUUACACGCCUGCAAAGGAGAAAGAUGGGUCGCUCUACAAACUGACCAUUGAUGUCAUGGAGACCAAAUGCCACAUCACCAGCAGGAAACCAUGGAAACAAUGUGAAGUCAGAGACAUUGCUGAUGUUCCAGUGUAUGGAGAGUGUGAGGUAUCUGCCUACGUUGACACUCAAGUCAAACUUCGAAACUACUCUUGUGUACUUCGUGAAGUUUCUGCUACUGCGGUGGUGUCUGUGUGUCCGGACUGUCCCACAGCUGAUAAUUUGAAUGACCCCAUCAUCAAGGAGACAGCCAAUCUCUCUCUGCAGAGGUUCAAUGAAGAGAGCCAACUGGCCAACUACUUUACUCUGGAGAACAUUACAAAAGCCAGUUCACAGUGGGUGGUUGGUCCAGCUUACUUUGUGGAGUUCACCAUCGUGGAGACAGUGUGUUCAAAGAAAACAGAUGCCAGUGAACUGAGCAGCUGCCCACCUAUGGACUGUCAGUUUGCUCAUAGAGGCUUCUGUAAGGGCUCACACGUGGCCAUUGAGGACCAGUUUGAGAUCAGACCUCCUGUUGGAAAGAAGGACAGCUCAUUUCAGAACAGGAAGCCUGUAGAUGUGAAGUGUGAGCUCUACGAACCUCAGGCUGCUGCUGUGGAGGAGCAGGCCCACGCAAAAGCAGACAGUGGACACACUGAGCAUGAGCGCCACAACCACACACACCUGCAUCCCCAUGAGCACACACACUCAGCCACACUUACUGUCUCCAAGACACGGGGCUCCCUCGGGACUGUGGUGGAUCGGCCAGUCUCUCCCAGAUCUUCCCCGGCAGCCAGCUCUUGCCCCGGCCCACAAAGGCACAAUCUGGGGAUUGACAGACUCAAGCUCUGAUUGGCUGGACACAGGGCUGCAUCUUUCCUGCAUGUUGUAAUUAGUUGUGAAAGAGACAAGAAAUUGUAACCAAGAAGUAAAAUAUAGACAGUAAGUUAUACCAACAAUAAUCCUUGUAAAUAAUCAGAUUACACUGAUUGUUUGAUUGAAGCAUUUACAUAUCUGGACGUUGAAUUAUUUCCUCCCAAUGUGGAAAUUGUUUGGCAGUUUAAUUAUGCAAAUAGAGUUUGUCUGAAAGACACAGCUGCUUUGUUUCAGUAAUUUUUACAUCACUAAUUUAAAAUGAGGAAUUUUCAUAUACUCCUCUUUAAAUGUUUUUAAAUCAUUUGUGAGUCAUACUCUCAGUAAUCUCAAUCACUGUUGAAUAAUAGUAAAAAUUAAACAGAAAACCGUUGUUUGCUGUGUGGUUUAUUCCAUAUGUUGCAGGUAAAAUGUGCACAGUACAAGUGUUUAACUGUUACAGACUCUGUGUUUUGUUUUGUUUGAAGUAUAAAAUUAAUUAGCAAUUUCACACAUUUAAUGUAACGUCUGAUCCAACGAGGUAAAACUUAGUGGCUGGUGAGACCCACUUCUGCCCUCUAUUGGUCAGAGGGUGUAGAAGCAGUUUGCAGUUUUUGGGGUGAUGUGGCGGAGUCGCUGAGUGUCUGGUAAAAUAAAUUGUUUCAUUUUCAUUUCA